CUGGUCUGAUCAGAUCGAAUGGGACCCACAAGGUACGUCGGAGAGGGUAAGACAAAAAAUUUGUUCUUUCUUUCGACAUUUGGGGCUUGACUGGGGCAGGCGAAGCGAUCCGAACACCGAGUCGAUUCCCCAACUCGGUCAAGUUGUGUGGCCGCUUGUCUCCAUUUAUACAUGGCUUAAUGAAGCGUUUGCUGUAAUCGAUCGUAUCGGGCUCCGGCGUAGGGAUAUUGGAGGAGUGGGAGGAGGAGGAAGAUGGGGUUGUCUCUGAUCGAGGGGUUCACCAAGUCGCUGGCGAUGACCGUGCUAUCCGAGAUCGGAGACAAGACCUUCUUCGCUGCAGCGAUCUUGGCAAUGCGUCAUCCUCGGAAGCUUGUUUUAGCAGGUUGUUUAGCAUCCUUAAUUGUCAUGACCAUUCUAUCUGCCUCUCUUGGUUGGGUUGCACCUAAUCUGAUUUCUCGUAAAUGGUCACACCACGUAACAACUGUGUUGUUCUUUGGAUUUGGGCUGUGGUCAUUAUGGGAAGGAUUUAAAGAAGAAAGUGAGAGUGAAGAAUUGGCAGAAGUCGAAGCUAAAUUGAAUGCUGAUUGGAAGGCUGAAACUGGAAGCAACAAAGUAAAUACCAAGGGGAGUGAUGAUUUGAAGAAACAGCAGAGGCCAUUUCUAACCCAAUUCUUCUCACCCAUCUUCCUCAAGGCAUUUUCCAUCACGUUCUUUGGUGAGUGGGGUGACAAGAGCCAGAUUGCUACAAUUGGGUUGGCCUCCGAUGAGAACCCAUUUGGUGUAGUUCUUGGGGGCAUCAUCGGACAAGCAUUGUGCACCACAGCGGCAGUAAUCGGAGGAAAGAGCCUGGCGUCGCAGAUAUCAGAAAAAAUGGUUGCACUCUCCAGUGGCAUACUCUUCUUGGUAUUUGGCCUCCAAUCCUUCCUAUCAGCAGCAGGAGAGUCAUGAAUCCCAAACUGUGGGAUCAUAUGUUCUUCCUUCAGGAGAAAAGCUUGCUGUAUUCUCCUUUGGGGGUUAAGACUCUCAUCUGACCAUUGAUAGACCCUAUUUUGUCUCAUUUGAAGAACAUAUAUAACAGUUUUUUCUUACGACCUACCCGUCAGAGGGAAAACCCCAUGAAAACACUGUUUACAUUCGACUGGAUAUCAAACUCCAGAAGACACCCAUGAAUAUUUGCAUUGAACUUUUAGGACA